ACACUAUUCAACAAUGAGUUUCCUGUUUCCUGUUUCUCGGGCUGGUUUAUGACCCCUCACUUUGUGUAUUUUAGCCUUAUCUUCAGGUGUGGCAGUUAUACCUGUCAAGCACACGCUCUCUUAACUAGAACUCAGUAUCACAGUGCACAUGUUGGAACGUCUCUUGGAAUUGAUCACAUCGUAAGAAAAUGUUUCAUAUUUGUUGUUGUUAAUGUCCAGUGCUUAUAGGCCUGGAUAUAUAAACAUGGAAUAUAUCAUGGCAAGAUAUACAAAGCCAAAGAAGAGGAGGCUGGUGGUCCCAAGCUGGAUUUCUGUUGAAGAAACUGAGGGUUGGCACAGGACAUACUGUAGGAAUAAGAUAAGGACUACUAAGUAUACUUUCCUCUCCUUUAUCCCCAUGAACCUGUUUGAACAGCUUCACCGCUCUGCCAACAUCUAUUUUAUUUUUCUGGCUGCACUAAACUUCGUGCCCAUCGUAAAUGCGUUUCAGCCAGAAGUCGGAGUGAUACCUAUUUUGUUGGUAAUGUCCAUCACGGCACUAAAGGACCUUUGGGAGGAUCAACGAAGAAGAACAUCUGACAGGCAGGCUAACAACCUGACAUGUAAAUUGUAUAACAGUAAAAAACAGUGCUAUGUAGAGAGGCGCUGGGCUGAUGUGUGUGUUGGGGAUGUGGUUCAACUAUGCUGUAAUGAGAUCAUUCCUGCUGACAUGGUGCUGCUCCACUCAUCCGACCCAAAUGGAGUGUGUCACAUUGAGACUGCCAACUUGGAUGGAGAAACCAACCUGAAACAGAGACAGGUGGUGAGAAACCUACCACAACAAGGAAUGGAAUUUACUCCCGAGAACUUCAGCAGCUGCAUUGAGUGUGAAAACCCCAAUGAUGAUCUAAGGCGUUUUAGAGGCUACAUGGAGCACCCAGAUAAAAUACGUGUGGGAUUACAUAAUGAAAAUCUCCUGUUAAGGAGUUGUACCGUGAGAAACACUGAGACGGUGAUUGGCAUUGUGGUCUAUGCAGGUCAUGAGACAAAAGCAAUGCAAAAUAAUAGUGGCCCACGCUAUAAGCGAAGUAAAUUGGAGCGCAAACUCAACAUAGACAUUAUUUGGAGUGUUGUCUUACUACUGCUCAUGUGCCUUAUUUCUGCUGUAGGCCAUGGUGUGUGGCUGAGCGGUUUGAAGGAUUCAAUCUUUAUUAUCUCAGAUGGCACACACCCAGCUCUUGCAGGUUUCUACAUGUUCUGGACUAUGAUCAUUGUUCUGCAGGUUCUUAUUCCCAUUUCUCUGUACGUGUCUAUAGAAAUAGUGAAAUUAGGGCAGGUCUAUUUUAUCCAGAAUGAUCUGGAUCUGUAUGAUGCCAGGCUGGAUACUGGUAUACAGUGCAGGGCUCUGAAUAUCACAGAGGACCUGGGACAGAUCCAGUACUUGUUCUCAGAUAAGACAGGAACCCUGACAGAAAACCGCAUGCUGUUCCGUAGAUGCACUGUCGCCGGCAAGGAAUAUCCUCAUGAUGAGCAUGCACAAGCUAUGGAGCAGUAUGAGGAGCAAGUUGCCGACCAUCCCGAUCGUACACUCACGCUGUGUUCCAGGAAAUCUCUCAGUUGCAACCGCAGCUCUGUAUCCAUCAACACACUCACUGCUGCUUCUGACACACACUCACCACAUAGCACACUGAACCAUCACGUAGCCGGGGCUUUUAGCAGUGCCAUGGAGUGUGCAGUAAUUCCAGAUGUAGAGCUGCAUGAAAAGCUGCGAGCCCUUUCAUUUCCUCGGUGCUCAUCUAUUAAGUAUGAUGCCUCAGAACUUUCACACAUCCUAGACUUUUUCCUCGCCCUAGCUGUCUGCAAUACUGUGGUGGUUUCUUCUCCCAGUCAGCCACGUCACGUGGUGAAGACACCGGUGGCUCGCACUCCUUUACGAUCUCUGGAGGAGAUGAAGACGCUUCUGCAGAAACUGAGUCUUCCUCGCUUUACACUGUCUCCCACUGAGAGCUCGGACAGCCCUCCUGGCAACACCAGGAGGUUUUUUUCUCUCGGCCGUCACAGUCACAAUACACCUCCACUCACACCUGCAAACACUCCUUCACCCAGUCCUGCCAUCACACCUCAACAGCAGCACAACAGUGAGGUCUCUGAACAAAUCUGUGAUGAAAAUGAUAAAGAAGAAGAUAAUGAUGAUAAAGAGGAAGAAGAGGAGUUGCUAUAUGAGGCAGAGAGCCCGGACGAAGCUGCACUGGUGCAGGCUGCAAGGGCGUAUGGCUGCACUCUUCUGGGCAGGUCCCCAGAGCAGCUGCUGGUUGCCCUGCCAGGCACCGGGCCGCUCACCGUGCCGCUGCUUCACUUACUGCCCUUCCAUUCUGCCCGCAAGAGAAUGUCAGUAGUGGUACGUCAUCCACUCACCAGCCAGGUGGUGGUCUACACCAAAGGAGCUGACAAUGUCAUUAUGGAACUGGCUGGGACAUCAGAUCAUGGUGAUUGUUCUAGAGAGAUCAUGAAGCGAACACAACGACACCUAGAUGACUAUGGGAGGGAAGGCCUUCGAACACUCUGUGUUGCAAAAAGAGUCCUGCAGGAGGUGGAGUACAAAGCCUGGCUAACUGAACAUGCUUUUGCUGAAACCAGUAUUGAAAACAGAGAAGAACUCCUUUUAGAAUCUGCCCAGAGAUUAGAAACUAACCUUACGUUAUUAGGUGCAACAGGUAUAGUGGACCGAUUGCAGGAAGAUGUUCCAGAGACGAUUGAAGCUUUACAGAGGGCAGGGAUUAAAGUAUGGGUGCUCACAGGGGACAAACAGGAGACAGCUAUUAACAUCGCAUGUGCCUGUAAACUUUUACGACCAAAUGACCAAUUACUUACUGCCAAUUGUGACAGCAAGGAAGCAUGUGAAGCUCGGCUUUUGGAACUCCAGCAAGACAUCGGUCUCCUUAAAGACAGGGGCUUGUCUAACGCUGAUAUGGCUGUGUCUCAGGAUGAUGCUGGCAUCUCCGGGUUUACUCUAGUGAUAGAUGGCCGCACAUUAGACUUUGCCCUGCAGAAGGAUUUACAGAAAGUAUUCCUGGAUGUAACGGUCAGCUGUCGAUCAGUCAUAUGCUGCAGAUCUACUCCGCUGCAAAAGAGCCAAGUCGUUCGACUUGUUGGAGACUCACUCAGAGUCAUGGCACUCGCUAUAGGUGAUGGAGCAAAUGAUGUCAGUAUGAUUCAGGUGGCAGAUGUGGGUGUUGGGAUCUCUGGCCAGGAAGGCAUGCAGGCUGUGAUGUCCAGUGAUUUUGCCAUCUCCAGAUUUAAACAUUUGAGAAAACUCCUGCUAGUUCAUGGGCACUGGUGCUACAAUCGACUGGCUAACAUGAUCCUGUACUUCUUUUAUAAGAAUGUUAUGUAUGUGAAUCUGCUCUUCUGGUUCCAGUUCUUCUGUGGUUUCUCAGGAAGCACCAUGAGUAACUCUUGGGUACUCAUCUUCUUUAAUCUACUGUUUACAUCAGCUCCACCUCUGCUGUAUGGCAUGCUGGAUAAAAACGUUGCUGUUAACACACUCCUGUCCCUGCCACAGCUCUACAAAGCUGGACAGAACUCUCAGGCCUACCUCGCCUCCACCUUCUGGCUGAACAUGUUGGAUGCUUUUUAUCAGAGCCUGAUCUGCUUUUUCAUUCCAUAUUGUGCUUACGCAGGUUCGGACAUCGAUCUAUUCUCUUUUGGUUCUCCCAUCAAUGGUUCAGCUCUUCUCAUCAUCCUUCUGCACCAGGUCAUAGAGAGCCACACACUGACAUGGCUCCAUGCAGUGGUGUUACUAGGCAGUGGAGUCUUCUACUAUGUGUUUGUUCUAAUAUACAGUAUCACAUGUGUGACUUGUAAUGCUCCGACAAACCCAUAUGGCAUAGAGACCAAACUGAUGUCUGAGCCACUGUAUUAUUGUGUGUGUGGACUCACUACUGUCCUUGCAUUGCUGCCCAGGGUGUUGUGUCGUGCCCUCUCUAACACGAUUUGUCCAUCUGAUGUGGUGAAGGCUCAUAAACUGGACAAGUCAUCCAAAGGGCAAUAUUGGAGCAGUGUCCAACACAGGAAAGAAGACAAAUCUGCCAAAGAAAGAUUUAACUCAAGACUGCUUCCUCAGACUCUCAGUGUGAAUGCAGACAUGCCCUACUUUGCGAACUGCAGUUCAGAGCCUGGUCCUGUACCCACUUGAGCAAAAACCACUUUGUAUUUUUGAGAUUAGCAAAAUCCACAAACUGGCUUUGCUCUGAGUAAAUACUGACAUUCCCAUGUUUUGUCAAAACAACACCCAUUAGCCCAUAUUUUAACUUUGUACAUUCCCUAUAGUGCAUCAAGAAAGCAAUCAAUCCGUUGAAUUUUUCGGAAAGAUCAAACGAAAGACUGAAUAAUAUCAGAAUUUCUGAAAAAGACAUCAUUUUCAUUUUUACGUGAUAGGAUUCAUUUCAAAAAGGGGGCAUACACCAAAAUAAUUUUCCACAAUAAACUUCUUAUAUACUUAUACCUUUAGUAUAUACUGUGAAAAUAUCCACAACCUUUCCUUUCAAAGUUGGACAUGGGUGUUGAUUUUAGUUUGACAUUAUAUGUAAAAAAAAUUUUGUCAGAGAAUCUAUGGUGAGUUUCAGAAGACAUUGUCUGUAAGAAGAGAAAAUGACACACUGUCUCACUGGCACUAUAAAACUGUCUGUCCCUGAUCUAAAAGAAACUACCACAAAACUGUCAUGCCUACAUUGCAAACUGACCUAAAUAAAUUGGUUCCAGUCUGAUAACACCAACGGCACACGGUGUCCCAAUGUGAUGGCAACACAAACAAGAAGUGGCCGUUUUGGUCAGACUUAUGUUUACAUGCAUAUUCAUUUACAUGUUCAUUAGGUAUUAGUGUAAGAAGUGUUUAUUUUUUUCCUAUCAAAAUCAUAUCCUUCAUGCAGUUCAAUGUCUAAUCUUAAUAAUCCUAAAAUUACAAUCCUGGUGGACAAAAGUUCAAUGAGUUAGUAUACUGUAGCAACAUAGAAAACACAAAGUCAAAUGUUACACUUUAAAGCAAGUUUCUUACCAAAGACCAAAAAACACUUUUGAGAAAGUUUGUCGUUUGAUACAAACAUAAAUUUAAACAAAGAUUUUUAAUGAAAAUAUUUUUUUUUGUUCUUGUUGUUUUGUUUUUAAAGAAAUGUAUGUACAUUCAUUUAAUUGUGACUGUGUGAUAUGAACAAAAACUAUAAUGUGAAAGAUACCGAGAUAUCCGAGAUAUGCCUUGUGACUUCUGAAUGUUUACUGUAUAUGAAUUUAAACAUUCAACACACACCCCCAAAAAAACAACAUCUGGAUCAGGAUGUAACCAGCAUAAUAAAUCAUUUAUAUAGGUCAUUUGUUACUGGGCUUAAUUUAUAUUACUGCCUUCUGCAGUACCAGUCUUUCAGUAUUGUUAUAACUAAUUCAUUUUUAUCAUGCUCAGAUACUGCAGUAAGUGCAAAACAUGCUGUUGACUUGAAUUGUUCACAUAGGGUUUUUUCGGUAGUCAGUGCAUUAUAAAGUUCAGUGAUACUGAGAAAAAGCUGAAAUGAAUGUCUUUUGAUUUUUUUCAAAAAAUGAUGUGAGUAUUGAGUUGUGAUUACCACCAAAAACAAUGUAAUUAGGAACAAAUGAUCUAAUACAGGUAUGUGAUACUUGACCCUGUGUGAAACUUGACCAUGUGAUUAUGUGACUGAAUUACCUGUUGAUAAUUUGUGAAAUACUUUAGAAGAAAGAAACAAACAGUUUUUGUGUGUGUGUCUAUGUGUAGUUUUGUGUGCUACAAUUUCUGAACGAGUUACAUUUGCAGGAAAGAAUAUGAACAGCCACAAAAAAAAGUUAAAUAAAUAAAAUUAAUAAAGCCA